GUGGUGGACAUAACUUUUGAUAACCGACUGACGUCUGCCGAUUGCAUCCAUUUGCCUAGGACAACCGAGAGAUUCGGGCGGCAGGCUCCAUGCUAGGAUUCUAACCCUCCGGACAGUGGCUGGGAGCCACAUGGAAGCCCUGGGCAAGUCCACGGCAUGGCUGCGGGCUGAGCUCGCCUCCCCUUCUCCCCGCUUGCACAUCCUCGACUGCCGUAGCCGGGAACUGUACGACUCGUCCCACGUGGAGCGGGCACUGAGCGUGGCCCUCCCGGGAUUGCUGCUGCGACGCCUCCGCAAGGGGAACCUUUCGGUCAGGUCUUUGCUCCCUGGACCGCCGUGCGGCCUCGGGGGGAACACCGUCUUGCUGUACGAUGAAGGGACACUCCACUUAUCCCAAGCGAGGGAUCCGGAAGAGGACAACGAGGAGUCGGUGCUGAUGACCCUGCUGCAGAAGCUGCAAGAGGAAGGGUGCCUGGCCUAUUACCUGCAGGGAGGCUUCAGCAAGUUCCAAGCCGAGUGCCCGCACCUUUGCGAGACCAACCUGGACCCGGCCAGCACCAGCAACUCACCUGUGCCCCUGGCGGCCUCUGUGGUGGGGCUGGGCGGCCUGAGCCUCAGUUCCGACUGCUCGGACGCCGAGUCGGAGCCCCUGAGCAGCGGCGGGAUGGAGUCCGAGGGGGCCAGCCCUCCAUCUUUCCCUGUCCAGAUCCUGCCCAACCUCUACCUGGGCAGCGCCCGUGACUCCGCCAACAUGGACACCCUGGCCAAGCUGGGCAUCCACUACAUCCUCAACGUCACGCCCAACUUGCCCAACCUCUUUGAGAAGAACGGCAAUUUCCACUACAAGCAGAUCCCCAUCUCGGACCACUGGAGCCAGAACCUCUCACAGUUCUUUCCCGAAGCCAUCGACUUCAUUGACGAGGCCCUCUCUCGGAACUGCGGAGUCCUGGUGCACUGCUUGGCCGGGAUCAGCCGCUCGGUCACCGUCACCGUCGCCUACCUCAUGCAGAAGCUCCACCUCUCCCUCAACGACGCCUACGACCUGGUGAAGCGCAAGAAGUCCAACAUCUCGCCCAACUUCAACUUCAUGGGGCAGCUGCUGGAUUUCGAGAAGUCGCUGGGGCUCGGCAAAGGCAGCAGGCGCCCGGCCUCCGGGCAGACCUUCUUCACCUCUCCCACAGACGACAGCGUCUUCGAACUGGACCCGACGUAGGGACGGGAGGGGCUGGU